UUAAACAGUUUUUGCCGUUUUGUUUACAUGUUGUGCAUAAAUAAUAUAUUUUAAUUAGCAAUUGUUACGAUGCAAACGUUUUAAAAAUACGACUUUACUUUACUUGUUGAAUAUGCACGAUCUACAGGCUUGUAUAGCUUGUCUUAGAACCGACGUUAAAAUCUUUCACAUGAGCUCAAAUCAUAUUCGAGAAGACUAUAACUUGGUUUCUGGAUUAAAGACUUGUAGUGGGGAAGGACUACCAGAAUAUAUGUGUAUGGAAUGCUUGGCGCUUGUUAAAGGCAUGAAGAGUUUCAGAGACAAAUGCCAUAGAUCUCAUUUCCUUCUACAUGAAAUACUUAAAAAGAAUAAACAGAUUACUUUGCAAGUACUGAAUGAAAUUAACCUACAAGCCUUAAAUAUAACCCCAAAGCUAUCAUACCUCAGUAGUAGCAGUAGAAAGAAAUAUGAAAAAAUAAAAUUUAAGUGGAAGAAAGAUAACCGAUCCUAUGUGCAGCCUAUUCAAGCUAAUGUGUUACUGCAUAGUACAGUUGACAAUGAAAUAAAUCCAUACAUAGAAAUAGAAGUCCCAGAAUGUAAAUUGCCUCCAGUUUUUAACAUAGAAGAUGAAAACAUUAACAAUGAAAUUGAUGUUUCUGUAGAAACCGAUCCAAAAAAUAAUGAAGAUUAUGAUUAUGUUGAUAAUGAAAUAGAAGAUGAUAUCGAGAUAGAAAAGGAGGAGAAUGACGUAGAUGGAUCUAAUUUAGAUGUAGAAUAUGCAGUUUUGGUUCCUAUGACUAAAAAUGAAGCUGCCGCUGUUAUAGAUAUUUUUAAAACAUACGGACAGACAGGAAAACAUGAGUGCGACAUAUGUGGGUUAAAGUUUCACAAUAAAAAUAGACUGGACCAACAUAGACGGAUGCAUGAUACGCAUAUAAAUGGUAAUUUUAGCUGUGAUCUGUGCCAUUAUUAUUAUAAGACGAAAUUUUUACUGGACACCCACAUCACUGACAAACAUAUGUACAAAUAUAUUUGUAGAAAAUGCCCAGAAGUUACUUAUAAUAGAAAAACGGCCAAACAACACUACAUACUUAGUCACAUGGAUAAAGCAGACAAAACCUUCGAGGACUGGUAUGAUACGAGACCCUCGUGGUUAAAGAAGAGAAGUCUCAACGGUAGAAGACCGAAGAAGACGAAUAAACAUAAGAAGAACGUAUUUACCCGUGAAGGCUUCGAGUUCUUAAAGUAUUCUCCGAUUUCACACAACGAGCAAUACAGUCUUGUGUUGGAGAGAAAGAAUUCGAAAAACUAUGUAGAAUCUAUGUAUAAAUGUGAGUUGUGUUACAAAGGUUUCCGUGAGGAGAAGACAUAUGAGAAACACAUGCAGAAACAUGAUCCGAGUAUAUCGGGCAAGUACCAGUGUGACUUGUGCAAGAUACACUGCGCCCACCCCCGCAAGAUGUACAAGCACAUGAUACAGACGCAUCUAUACAAGUUUACGUGCACGCUCUGCACUUUUGUUACGACGAAUCGGCCCCAAGCAAAACUACACUAUCUCUGGCAUAAGGACGUCACGUACCCCUGUCCUCACUGCGACAAAGUUUUUAAGAAAAUGUCCACCCAACUCACCCACAUCCGUAUAAAGCAUCCAUCGCUUUUCAUCUGUAAUCUGUGCGGACACAGUUUUGUCAGCGAGGCCGGCCUGAUAUGCCACAAAAGGAUUACGCAUCAAGACGAGGGGAAAGACGAAGACGACAUGAAGACGGACGCGGCGCUAUUCUGUGCGUUGUGCAACGUGCAGUUCAAAGACGAGGUCGCGUACACCACGCACCUGGGCAGCUCCGGCAACCACGCUGAAAGCAAUCUGUCCGUAUCGAAGACUAUGGCGAAUAAAAACAAGAAGGUGCGCGCGGCGAGAAACCGUCGCACGCGCCGACAAUUCCCCGAAGUACUUAACAACGGCAUCGUUACAGAGACCAACUGCGAGAUUUGCGACAAGCUACUGCUGAGCGACGUGCAGGCUCGCCGGCACUACGAGACCGACCACCCCGGCGCCGAGUUCCGGAAGCGGUUCAUGUGCGACAUCUGCGGACACACCACACGGCAAUACUCAAACCUUCUGACGCACAUGCGGACGCAUACGCGUGAGAAGCCGUUCGCGUGCCCGCACUGCGAGCGCCGCUUCAGCAUGCCCAGCAACCGCGACAGGCACAUAGUGGUCCACACGGGCGAGAAACCGCACGAGUGCCCGCACUGCUUCCGUCGAUUCUCGCAACGGACCGCCAUGAAAUUACACGUCCAAACUGUACAUCUGAAAAUACCGUAUGCACCCUGGAAUAAGAACAACAGGAGACGCCGACAGAAGGACGAAACGGAGACGGCAAGUACGAUUCUUACCACAAUGGUGCCGGCCAAAUUACCGACACUCACUAAAAUGCCGAUAGUGACCGAGACGCAUGAUUACCUCAACGCGUAUAUCAGUUAUAACGAGUGAUGAGUAUUCAUUUUUUGACCAUUGGCUAUGCUUCGGAUUAUAAUAUUAUGUGAAUGUCAAAAUUUGACGUUUAAACUUUUUAAAAAUUGUAAAUGAAGAUCAUGGGCUACGAAGUACGUGUUCUAGAGAAAUAUACGAAUUGCGAACACUAACCUGUAGGCGUUUGUCUCUUUAGCCGCUUUUUUCACAAUAUAAUAAUAUUAGUAUCUGUCUACGCCCAACGCGAGACAUCACUAGCGCGGCCAUCCCACCACUAGCGCGUUGAUCCCAACUCUAGCGCCGCCGCGCCGCCAUCUUGUCAACCAAUCGAAAACCUCAAGAAGAUAUUUUUCAAUACGUGUAAAUCUUACAUAUGAAUAAAAGUUGUGAUUUUACUUGUAGACUGGUUUUUGUGUGCAAUUAGUGUUUCUACAUAAAUCACGCUUCCUGAGAAUAAACAGUAUCUUGUUUCCAACUUUCCACGCACCCUUGAUGAAAGCUGUAUACUAAUAUUUUCGUGCGUUUGUGAAAGAGACAAUCAACUAUAGGCUUCUAAAGUAUUUUUUAUUGAUACAAAAAUCUCAUUGCAUUUUUGUGCAUUAUAAUUUAUUAUUUGAUGGUAAUUAUUGCUUUAACAAUAUUUAUCUUUUGCAUUUAAGUAAAUCACUUACAAAAUAAAUCUCAUAGAAUUCUCCAAAAUAAGAUAGAAGGAAGAGGCUUUUAUUAUUUAAAUACAUAUUAUUGUCUUAAACAAGCCGACCGAAUUACGUUUCAUUGUGUUGCACCGAGUGAGUAUAAGCUAUAAGUUUGAUAAAGCUAAAGCUUGGUUCACACGAAACAAUAAACAGUAAUGAGUAAACAGUGGCGCAUACAAUGUAUAUAGAACCAUUCACACGUCGAUGGUACUGCACGAUUUGUUGCAGUACAAGCGUACGAAUGUUAAGAAGUAUACUGCAACAAAACGUUGUGCCCUGUGAACCUAAUUUAAGGCAGCCCCUAAACCUACAAUAAUAUUGAACAAUAUUUUAUUGUCCAAUUUGUUUGACAAUAAGAUUGAAAGGCGCGCGAGUGUAGUACCAGAAGAGUUACAGAUGUAUUAUGAUUUAUGAUAUUGUGACUGUCUAGGGGCGGUGUCCCUCGCAUUAUAAAAGUGAAAGAGCCUUACAAAAUUAGAAUAUUAGUGCUGUAAAAACUGCAUUUAUGUGUACGGUGCGGACAAAUGUGCGAUCAGCUAUAAACGGUUUUUGAGUUCUUUGACAGUAGUUUAUCCGACUAGUGCUUUUGAUUGGCUGACAUCAAAACGAAAUUCAAUCAACCUCUUUUUUGAAUAGAUAAACUCUGGUCAAGAAACAUCGAAAACCUGGCAUUAUUAUCUUUAUACUAGUAAAAUUAUUUACGUAGCGUAUAACUAUUAAGCCCGGCCGCACAUUGUCCGAAGUCUGAUCAGAAACAGUUGAAUUU